AUGGCCAAUCUACAGGUGCAAGUCAACUUUUUAGAGAACGUUGUUACAGUGGACAACAUCCUUGUGUCUUUUGGACGGCCUCACAAUCAUAAAGGGGACUUCAUUGGUUUGGCAGCAGAAUCCUUCGUCAGAAAAGUGAAGAAAAGAUGCAGAGAUGAAGCAGCACCCAUACCCUCUAUAUAUGAUGAAGAGUUAGGAGCACUGCGGAAUGCUGACUGUGAUGACACUGUGGUAGACAUGAUUAAACAGAUCCCUACUUUUCAAUCCUGUAAGUCUGUGCUAGAGAAUGAGGACUUCCAUCGCCUUGUGAGAAGAGCUGCCGUCCUUCCCCUGGUUCCAGAUCACCGUGUUGAAGAUGUGUGGUUCCAAGCCUUAGAGGAUAAUGAUGACAAUACCGAUGCCAUUAUGCGAUUCAAGGAUUAUGUGACAGAGACGUGGGUUGAGGGACAUUUUCAUCUUUGGAACCACUUUGAUCAUGACGGUCCAAGAACCACCAACGCAGUUGAGGGAUGGCACCACAAGCUUAACAGAAUGUGCAGACGUGCCCACCCAAAUAUCUUUGUGUUCGUAGAGAUGCUAAAAAAGGAACAAGCUGCAAAUGAGGCAAAGAUCAUUCAGAUUACAGCAAGAGGUGUCGUGCGUCCCAAAAAGAAAAAAUACCGCCAGUUGGAUUCUCGUCUACAGCGUCUCAAGGACAGGAUGCGUCAAGGUCAAAUGGACAUAGUAGCAUAUGCGGAUGCAGCUUCCCAUCUAAUUCAUUUCGAGUGAACAGUGAUCAUGGUGAAAUGAUGUAAAUGUGUGGGUUUUUUUCGCGUGAACAGUAAUUUGAUUGUGAUGACUGUGGUUGUCGAUACAUGAUUUCUAUUUCAUUUGUGUCUCAUUUAUUAUCAUAUCUUACAACAUUUUAAUAUGCAACAUUAAUAAAAUAUUAUUACUUUAUACAAGCACUUUUUAUUUCAUAUCAUGUAUUUUAGAGUUGAAAUAGUAUCUACCAUAAAUGUAAUUCUAAAUUGAGAUUUCAUGUAUAUUUGCAUGAUAAAACAAAAUAACUAAAUAAAUAUUUAAUGUUUAUCAUUUGAAACUUGGUAUUUUUUUAAGGUACAUUAACGUUAAGCUAUAAUUUAAAGUAAUUGAUUUACAAAAUUAAGAUUAAAAAGACA